AUGUAUUUUUGGAAUAACAUUAACGUAACAUUAGUUGUUCUGCUUAGUUUUCUAUUAAUUGUAAGAUUUUCUGUUUUUAUUAAUAAUUUACUUUCAAAAUCUUUGACAAAAUUAUCGUCACAUCGAUGUGUGAGAAACUUAUCUGACUUUUCAUUACUUAGCUCUUUAACAGAAAAUUUUUUAUAUAAUGAUGACGGAAACAGAGAUUUUUCCUAUAAUAAAUGUAGUUUAGGAUCUGAUAGACCUGCCAAAUCAAGGGAUCACAAAGGUAUAACAAGAAAUGAUGCCAUAAAAUUAAUUAACUCUUGUGGAAUUUUCGUCGUAAAAAAGAAAAAAAUACACUACGCAUUGCAUGUGUUUAAUGAAUAUUUGAAAAGCUUAUAUUUAGAUAUGAUGAAUGAAUUAUGGAUAAUGUAUAAAAAAAUUGCCACAGAAUAUGGAAUGCCAAAGAAAGAACAAAUGAUACAUUGGAAAAUAUGCGAAACAGAACUUUUGAUUAAUCUAUUAGAGAUUGAAGAAUACUCUCAAAAAGAUUUGUAUGCAUUCACCAAAUCAUCAGUAAUAUUUAGCUUAAGCGUCGAUAUAUUUCGCCUUUUACACGAAAGUUAUUGGUUAACAAAAAUAAAAAUGUUUAAAAGUAAAUGGUCUAAAUAUUUGAUUAGUCAAGCGAAAAAAUAUAAAUCGGUUUUAGAGGACGGUACGUGUUCAGAGGUCGAUGCGUGGUUAAAGGACCAUGCAUGUUCAGAGGACAAUGAAUAA